GAGGGUAUCGACUCGCAAGACGUCGCGUCGUGUGGUUCGGUUUGGUUCUCGUGUAUUUUUCAUUGUAAUCUCAGGUUACAGAGCGGCUCGCCCUGUGUUACGUUAUUACACCGGACUUCCAUAGAUCGGCCUGAACAAGGCGCCGGUGCGGUUCGGUCAAGCCCUCUUUUUCGUCCCUGUCGCAGAAUCAGGACGCUCCGCGAAUUCUGGUCGUCAAAAAUCCCCGGAAUCAUCGACGUGGAUUAGCGAGUCGAUAUUGAACCGCGAUUUAACCCGACGCCAUUUUGGAUAACUUGGAAUCGAUCUUGAAGCAAGCCGCGCAAAAAAGGUCGUGGAAAAUAAUCCGAAAAUAUUGUUUUUAUCGAAAACCAACGGACUGUGUGACAGUUUUGAAAUUAGAAUUGAUUAACGUUUCGAUAUCGCGCUUGAUCUGAUAGAUUCAUCUUUUAUCCUCUGUGUAAAGAAUCGUGGAGCUUGAGAAGGCUGUUUUAAAUUUUGACAAAUUUUGGGAAUCUCCAAUUCCUGCAAGGAAAUUAACGUAAACUCGUUUUUAUUGAUGGUUUGAGGAACACUUACGUCAGCUUAUAAGUUCGCCCACGAUCUGACUUAACACGCGAGACUGUAAUUCCUGAUUUCGGAUACCGAAUACUCCUCGAAAGAUCUGUUCACCGAGUGAAAGCGGCUGGCGAACCGUUCGCAUGAACUCGGAUAUCUCCGGACACACACGCUGAAAAAUUCAGUAACGGGAGGAAAAAAUCCGCGACACGUAUCAUUCGCGUUUCCUGUACGACAAAAUUGUAAAAAUAUACGAAUCACCGUGUUCGCGGGGAAUAUUCGUCAGAGCAAAGCGAGAGUUUCGAAAACAUCAAGAAAGAGAAGAAGUAGAGGAAAUAGAAAGGGAACCGAAUCGUUUGUCUUCAGCAGCAAUGUGUCAAUCGUCAUCCACGAGUUCCGGUUCCGGUGUGAGAUUCGUUUGAGGAAAAUUAAGUCAUGAGAUGAACCCUGAGAUGCGGAAGUACACGAAAUUCUUUCAUUGAAACCGUCAGCCAUGGACAUUAGCGGGGAGCGGAUACCUUUGGUGGAGGGAAAGAUGUCGAGGACAGUAAGGGUGUCUUACGCCCUCGGUCACGUAUUCAAUGACCUGGCAGCCGCGAUGUGGUUCUCAUACACGCUCCUCUAUCUCCAGAGGAUAGUGCUUUUCGAGCCGGUAACUGCGGGCGCGAUGCUUUUGCUGGGGCAAAUCGUGGACGCACUUAUGACACCGGUCUUCGGCAUCCUGGUAGAUCGCUACGGCAGUAAAAAAGCUUGGCACGUGUUGGGCUCGGUCUUGGUCAGCCUGAGCUUCCCCGUGAUCUUCGGGACGUUCUUGGACGUGAGAAAUCCAUCCGCGACCUUCGUCUACGUUGCCAGUAUAUCCGUAUUUCAAACCGGAUGGGCGGCCGUUCAGAUAUCGCACCUUUCGAUGAUCCCUGCUCUCGCCAGAUCUCAGCUGGCCAGAACCGAUCUAACAGCAAUAAGAUACUCGGCCCAGGUUGGCGCGGCUGUAACAGUCUUCGUGGUGACCUGGAUAAUCCUUCCAACCCAGGGUGACUCGGUUGUCCAGGUGACGAUAAACGACGCGUACAAAUUCCGGAACAUCGUGAUAAUCUGCACUGUGAUCGGAGUGACGGCGAGUGUCUGCUUCCACGUCUUCCUCAAGGCGAGACACCUGGAGGACGGCUGCAUCCCGCAGAGUCUGCAGAGCGACAAGAACGGCGAUCGAUCACCGCUGAGGAACGCGUCCUUGGCUAGUCGCAGGUAUUGGUCAGGAACUACCCUCCUUUUAAGGGUGGCCCUCCUCUACGUCGCGAGCCGGCUCUUCAUCACCCUCGCGAUGGUCUACCUGCCACUUUACAUCGAGGAGUCCGCCGUUGGUGGAAAAGAAGCUCUGGCCACCGUUCCAUUGGCUUCAUAUCUCGCCUCCUUCGUCGCGGCGCUUUGCCUCAAGCACAUGAACAGGUCCUGCGGCACUAAGGCCUGUUAUCUCAUCGGAGCACUGAUCGGUAUCCUGGCCUCCCUGAUCAUAGAAUUCGCCGGAAGCAGCACGGGGGUCGUUUACCUUGUGGCCGUUCUGAUUGGGAGCGGAAGUUCCAUCACCAUGGUCACGUCUCUCAGCGUGACCGCUGAACUGAUUGGACCACGAACGGAACGCAGUGCUCUUGUCUACUCGGUAGUGACGUUCUUGGACAAAGUGGUCACUGGGCUGGUGGUGAUACUCAUCGAGAAAUUAUACUGUCAAGAUUAUUUCAAAUUAUGGUCUGUGGAAGUCCACAUUGCAUUUUUGCUGGAUACCUCUGAUAUGAUUUCGAUGUUUUGUGAUCAAAUCCUGUUGAGAUGACUCCAAAUUAUGGUCUGUGAGAUGCUUGGACAAGGGUUUGUGCCCCAGCUACUACCGGGACACGUUGUCAGUCGUUUGUGCAGCCUCGAUGCUCCUGGGACUUCUCGCGUUAGCGUCUGUCGCGAGAUGUCUGACUUGACGGCCAAG